UCUCUCGAAGUGGGCGAGGUUUUGGUCACCUCUGAGGAGCUCCUGGUGGCCAGCGCUUACUUCGUGCUGGUGCUAGGAGCGCUGGAGGAGCUGAGGGAGGGAGGAUGAGCCCGCGGUGCCAAAGCGCUGCCCCGCCGCGCGGACUGGCCGAAACUCUUCACCAAGUGACCACUGCACAUGUUCCAGCGGCUCCAUGAGAGCGGCUUUGAUCCACGCGCGCGAAACAGACCUGUCAGCUCCGACGCCGCGUUUCUGACCUGAUGUGAAAAAUGGAAAGGAAGAGGACAUGGCUUGUCUCCUGCGUUGCGUCUCGCGCUUGUCUGACCGCUCCGCUGUUGUGUUUGCUCAUUUUCUCCGUCCGCGGCGAAACCUGCCCGGCCUUCUGCACCUGCGCCGAGGACCCUGCCACCGUCACCUGCCUGGACUCUCCAGAGAUCGAGCUUCCCCUGGACGUGUCCCAGUGGACGAGCACCCUGAUUCUGAGGGGAGCCAACAUCUCCGCCCUGAGGGCUGGCGCCUUUUCGGCCAACGGGUCGGUUCUGGAGCUGCGGACGCUGCGGCUCUCUUGGAACAACAUUCACGUCAUCGAGGCGCACGCGUUCCGCGGACUCCCGCGGCUCCAGCGCUUGGAUUUGAGCCACAACAGACUGGCCGCCGUGUCCGUCCAGGCGUUCUGCGGGCUGGACGAGCUGCACUUUCUCUCGCUGAACAACACUCUGACGCCCCGCGGCGCGAGGGAACUGCCCCAGGCGCUGUCCACUGGAAGCCUGAGGCACCUCCAGACCCUGGAACUGUCCGGAAAUCGCUUGACGGCGAUCCCCAUCGUCCACGUUGACUACCUUAACCUGAGCACGCUGGUACUGACCAACAACUCCAUUGAGACCAUUGGGAAAAACGACGUGUCGAGUCUGAGCGAAUCCCCCACAAUGCGCGUCUUUCUGUCUCUGAACCCGUUCGAGUGCGGCUGCGAGCUGGAGGCGUUUUAUUACUGGCUCAGAAACGACUCCAGGUGUCCAGACUCCGCUCGCGUGCUCUGCAAGCUGCCGGAGGCCAGGAGUGGAUUACCUGUGGAGAAACUUCGCAAGGAGGACUUCGACUGCGCGAACGCCGAGCCGGACGCGGAGCUGGAAGCCGUUUCUUACGUGUUUCUUGGCAUCGUGCUGGCGCUGAUCGGCGUGGUGUUCCUCAUGGUUCUCUACUUGAACAGAGGGGGCAUCAAAAGGUGGCUAAAUAACAUCAGAGAGGCGUGUCGAGACCAAAUGGAAGUCUAUCAUUACAGAUAUGAGCAGGACUCAGACCCCAGACUGGCAAACGUGGCCGUUUAGACCCCCGGUGCUGGCCGAGGUUGGCACGCCAUGCUCGCGUUACUUCGCCCUGAAUUCUAGACUAAUGCAUGAUCUUCUGAAAAUAGAGCUGUGAAUAGGCUAUGCAGCGCAGUGUGUACAGAAUAUAGAUUAAACAGCUCCAGCCAGUAAUGAAGCUCAGUGGAAAUGUAGGCAACUGAGUGAUUUCCUCUACCAUCCAGCUUUAAAGGGGGAAAAAGGAGCAUCCCGUCCCCCAAACGCGUCCACGUUCAGACAGAACAGAACUCAGUCACAUGCCGUGUAUUUGCUUAACAGCUGUGCGUGUUUGACUCGGUUCUGACCUAUUUGACCUCUGCUGUUGCAAACACUGCCAGGUCUAGAGGACAUUGGGAGAUCAGUCAAAUGCCAUGGAUCAGACCAAUGUGUACUCUUCAGCAGAAGCGGGUAGUCCACAAAGUUAAAACCCUCCCCGGGAUUUUGUUCCAGCUGUCUGAACAUCUUUGCUGCCGGUUUGAGCAAAUUAGAGAAGUCAAGCAGUUGGAACAAAAUCCCGGGGAGGGUUUUAACUUUGUGGACCUGGAUUACCACCUCAACUCACUUAUGGUUUAUAAGCACAUUCAGCAGCAAAAUGCAAGACACAAGCUUCUCUCUGUAAAACACCAACAACAGCAGCAGCGCCACAACGCGGCCCCACGCAGUUUACACAGUCACUGCACUCUCACUCAGCAAACCUGCCAUCCACUGAUCUGACCGCAGCUUCAAACGCCACAAACCCAGAUGAAGCCGAAGUCCACAGCAUGAGUGAUGUGGUAUGAAUAAGAUGGAAUUUGGACAAAAUGUUUUUUUUGGAAAUGCAUCAAUAAUAAAAACAACUGAAAUACA